CUUGAAAUUGAUCAUACGAAGCGAAGUUAUCCAAUUGAUUGAUUUAAUUACUUAUUGGGCAGAGUUUCCUGAAAGUAGAACAUUUUCAUCAACAUCUUGCAUUAAGUACUGAAUACCAAGAUUGAUUUCUUAUUCAAAUUCUUGCCAUAUAUUUGUACCAAUAAUCUCGCUAUCAUGUCUACACAAUCUGGUAUCACUGCUUCGAAGGAGCUUCUUGAUUCAUUUAAGAGCCUUAGCUCUGAACCCCUAAUCAUCAAGAUCUCAGACGACAAUACGGAAUUAGUUACGGAUUCCAAGUUAGGGGCCGUUUCUUCUGGAAAAGAACACCUUUCUUCAGCAUUUGAAUCUGUCAAUGCCCACCUCAAAGAGUCGUUUCCACUGCCUGCGUAUGUUGUCAUUCCAGUUGAUCCCACAGCUGACGACUAUGUGUUCAUCAGUUUCAUUCCUGAUUCUGCCCCUAUUAGAUCCAAGAUGCUCUAUGCUUCUACCAAAAACACCUUGUUGACUUCCUUGGGUUCGAACAAAUUUUCCAAGUCAAACUCGUUUGCAUGGACCGAGCUAGAGGAAUUGACUUAUGAAUACUACCAAAAGGUGAUCUCAGCAACCAACAACGACGACGUCUUAUCCAAGGACGAAAAGAUGUUAAACGAGUUGAAUACUCUCCAGACAUUAUCCUUAGCGGGAUCAACCUCUUCAUUCAAGAGAGAAUUGGCUUCCAUGCACUCACCUCUGCCUUCUCCUAGUAUUCAUGGUCCAGGUAAUGAUAAUAUCUUGUACAAGUUUGAUUCUUCAUUACAAGAGGAAUUCCAAUCGUUGUCAAAAAACGCAGAUACAAACAAAUUGAUCACUUUCAACAUAGAUAGUGCUAGCGAGGUGAUCAAAUUAACAACUUCGGAGAAUGGAAUCGCUUUAGACUCGUUGCUUGACUCUCUUGCCAAAGCUAAUCCAGUCGCUCGUCCUCAGUACAGUAUCUAUAAUUUCUACAGAGGCAAAUAUGCCUUCAUCUACUCGUGUCCUUCGAACUCGAAGGUCAAAGACAGAAUGCUCUAUGCUGCUUCUAAGGUCAGUCUCAUCCAUUACUUGAAGACGUUGCUUCUGGAAGACAGCUUGACCAUCGACAAAUCUAUCGAGGUAGGAGACUUAGACGAAAUAGAGUUGUCCGAAUUAACCGUAGAAACGGAAGCUGCUACACCUUCUUCCGUUUCUUCAGCUUCUUCUGCUGGUGCUGGAUCUGGAGUUGGAAGACAAGGUUUGAAGUUUUCCAAGCCAAAGGGUCCUCGUCGUAGAUAGUUUACAAGGAAAAGUACCUAAUUUCAUGUCAUGUUUAUGUCUUCUUUGUCUUCCUAAAAAUGUACCUAAGUCCCUAUAUAUGUUGUCCAAUUACCCAUGUGAAUUUGU